CAGGCAACAGAUGAAGCAGUUAUUUCUCCUUGUCCUGAAGAAUCAUUUUCUCAGUCCUUCAUCCCCUGCGGUUCAGACACCAUGGAUAUGGAUUUUAACAUCAGUGACAAAAUAACCGAGAAUAUCAAAUGCAUCCGAGAGCAUGUGGGAAAGUCUUGCUGGUCCUUGUCAGAUCGUUUGAGAUUUUGCCUGAAUACAUCUGCCGGAAAUGAUAGUUUCCCCAACUGCGAUGGUGAACAUCCUGACUAUAUUAACCAGCGUUACAUUGAAAUCCUUACUGAUCGAGAGAACUGUUCUGAUGAUUAUGUGGCAGCGUAUCAGAUGUGUGCACUUCAUUAUCUAGCUCAGAAGAAUCAAACUAAGGGGCCACUGCAGGGCCCUGCCUCUUACUUCUGUGAAAUACUGACUGAUCGCACGUGCCGACCGCCUAGCAAGAAGCUCAGAGAAAAUAUGGAAUUUAAUUCUGAUGAAACUGACCAUUCUGUCACCAGUGACGACUCUGGUUCCAGUAAUUCUCCAUCUGAAUGGCAAUCGAAGAUGCUGUCUUACCAUUUGAAAAUCUCUGAAUUCAUCAGAUGUGUGCGGAAAAGAAAACUAUUUCCAUGCAGAUCUGUACAUGAGAAGGCUUCAGAGUGCACAGAUGUUUCAGAACUUAAGGAAAACCUACCUGCCUGUAACUCAAAUAGAUUCGGUCUUCAAUUUUAUGCAAUUUUGCAAGAUGGAACAUGCCAGGAAGACUACGUUGCUGCAUAUUAUAUUUGUUUGAUGGAAAGAACAAAGGAAGAAUAUGGCUUAGCAUCUCUGUUUUGCUCAAUUUUGGAGGAUAAAACUUGUCGUAACAUUACAAAGAGAAGUUCAGGAGGACUUUUGCAGGUUCCAAGCAUCUCUAUCCAUUCUGCCUGCCUUCUGAGUCUCAUACUUGUUUGUAUAUUGAGGGGUUACUAAAAACAUCCCCGUAAGACGACUGGAGCUGAGAAUCCUUCUGCUAUGCAAUGUGAAUAAAAGAAAAUAUCAUGACAAUAUUUAAAUAGUAGUUUUGAGAUUUACUGUUCUGUAAUAUAAAUAUUGGAAGAUGUUUUAAAUAAAAUAAGUAACUGGA